AUCCAAGCGCUCUUAUAUUGGUUUACAGAGGGAGUACUUCUCAUUGUUUCCAAUGGCACCAAAACCAGGAGACCCAGCGUGAGGUCUGAACCCAAGUCUAAAUUUAAUUUCGCACCAACUACUGCCUAUUUAAUUAAUUGGCAGCGAUUAUUUUAGUUGAUGCCAUCCAUUCAAGUGACUUGACCUAGACGCUCCUCACAUCUCUUUAUAUAUCCACUCCUGCAUUUCUCUCUCACUCCUACAGAUCUCUCUGCAAUUUGCACAUCAAACACCCUCUCCAGCAUUACUCCCUCUGUCGCAUCACAUCGCCUGCCUUCACGGCAAGGGAGUUCAUACUUCAUACCGCGUCACAACCGAUGGACGUCGCCGUCAGUGCGGCAUGGUGGGUUGUAGGCAAGGCACUGGGCCCCGUCUCAGAUGGCUUCCUGGAGGCUUGGGCUGCUAGCAAGGAUCUCGGCCCCAACGUCGACGCACUCAAGAUGGAGCUCUUGUAUGUGCAGGGGAUGCUCAACAACACCCGUGGCAGGGAGAUCGACAAUCCAGCCCUGAACGAGCUCCUGCAAAAGCUGCGGCAGCUAGCGUACGGGGCCGAGGACGUGCUGGAUGAGCUGGAUUACUUCCGCAUCCAGGACGGUCUUUACGACACCUAUGAGACCGCCGGAAAACAUGCCAAUGGUUGCAUAUGCAACCUCUUCCUCAAUGCUCAUCACACCGCCAAAGCUGUUGGCAAACUGCUUGGGUGCUCUGCAUGUUCAUGUGCUGCUAACCCUCGUGAUCCUCAGGAGCCAAGAUCGGAAGAUAAUACAAGGCAGAAAGUUCACUGCUGCGCUUGGCCAUGUUCCAGGAGAACUGCAAGUGACAACACCUCAUUGGUCCCAAACACAGACCAAGCUGACGGGGAGGCCAGUGGAUGCAUUCGCAAGCUUGCUUCUGGUGCUCUCAACACCGUGCGUACUGUCGGUAAACUCUUCCCUUGCUCAUCCUUCCCACCCGUUCAUGAUGAUGUUUCUGGCAAGUCAGUCCUUUGUGGUGCCUGCAUAGGCAAGGCACCACAGCAAAAACAUGUGAAGGAAGCACCAAAAUUAGAGUUUGAUAGGGUGGAUUUAUCUAUAAGAAUGAAGCAUAUUGUAGAGCAACUGCAGCCCUUAUGUGCAAAGGUAACAGUUAUUCUUAAUCUUGAGUUGUUGGGUUCUAGUCAUACUACCACCACAGACAUUCCCAAGAGUCCCCCCACCACCACCUCUGACAUUAUAGAAUCAACCCUGUACGGGAGGGACGCUACAAAGAAGAGAAUCAUAGAUGGUAUCACUCAUGAUAAAUAUAGUGAUAAGAACCUAACUGUCCUGCCGAUUGUUGGUCCGGGUGGCAUAGGGAAGACAACAAUUAUACAACACAUAUAUGACAGCCAAGAAGUGAAAACACAUUUUCAGAUCAAGAUCUGGAUAUGUGUGUCCCAGAACUUCAUUGUUAAUAAGCUGAUUGAAGAGAUUGAAAAAGCUAUACCUAGUGUGGAAGGUGAAAAAAAGGGCAGAGCAGAAGAGCUCAUUGAACAAAGAUUAAAUUCUAAAAGCCUUUUGCUUAUAUUAGAUGAUAUAUGGAAGUGUGAAUCUGAGGACUGGAAAAGGAUUUUAGUACCACUCACGAAAGGGCAAGCAAAGGGUAACGUAAUUCUAGUUACAACUCGGUUUCCAGCUGUAGCAGAAAUUGUUAAAACAACUGAUAAUUCAAUAGAUCUGGAGGGCUUAGAACACGGUGAGUUUAGGAAAUUUUUCCGAGCAUGCAUAUUUGGCAAUGAGCAAUCACAAAAAGAUCAAGAUGGCUUGCUUAAUAUUGGAGAUAAGAUAGCAGAAAAGCUAAAGGGGUCCCCUCUUGCAGCAAAAACUGUAGGUAGAUUAUUGAGGAACCACCUUGAUGUGCAUCAUUGGACAAGAGUCCUAGAAAGUAGAGAAUGGGAAAUGCAGACCGGUAUGCAGACCGGUGAGGGUGACAUUUUGCCUGCACUGAAACUUAGCUAUGAUUAUCUACCUUAUCAUCUGCGACAAUGUUUUUCUAGUUGUGCUUUGUUUCCUGAAGAUUACAAGUUUCACAGUGAAGAACUCAUUCAUUUCUGGAUAGGACUAGAUAUUUUACAUCCUGGUGGUCGAAAUAAAACAAUUGAAGAUGUAGGUCUGGACAAUCUAAAUGAUUUGGUGAAGAGUGGAUUUUUCAAAAAAGAUGAAACCGAGGGGCAUUAUAUCAUCCAUGACCUGUUGCAUGAUUUAGCUUUAAAGGUUGCGUCUCAUGAAUAUCUUAGUUUGCAUCACUCUAAUGUUAGAUCAGUAGAAAUUCGGCCAUCUAUCCGUCACUUGUCGAUCGUAAUAGAUGGUCCAGAUGAUAGUAAUGGGAUAACUGAUGAAAAUUUUAAGAGUGAGUUAAUGAAACUUAAGGCAAAAUUGAAGGUUGAAAACUUGCAAACAUUAAUUAUAUUUGGAGGAGGAGACAGAAGUUCUAUCAAUAUUUUGGGUGAUUUGUUCAUGGAAGCAAAUGCUCUCCGUGUUCUUUGUUUGCCCACAUUAUCAUACCCCUUGGAAUCCAUGUUGCAUAACUUUUCAUCACUUCUGCACCUGCGAUACCUAAAGCUAGGUACUUCUAUGAGCCAUAUGAAUUUACCAACGACUUUAUCUAGAUUUUAUCAUUUGAAGAUUUUGGAUCUACAAAAAUGGGAUGGUUCUUUUCUGUUACCUAGAGAUAUGAGUAACCUUGCAAAAUUAUGUCAUUUUCUUGCCCAACACAAUGAGCUUCUUUCGGGUAUUUAUAACGUGGGGAAACUAAAACUCUUACAGGAGUUAAAGGCUUUUGCAGUCAAUAAGGAAAUCAAAGGGUUUGAACUCAAUCAACUAGAGCAUUUGACCGAGCUAAGGGAAGUUAGCAUUUAUAACCUUGAGAAGAUACACACGAAAGAAGAAGCGGUUGAAGCAAAACUAAUACAGAAAGACUACUUGCACAAAUUAACACUUGACUGGGAUAGUGAGCGACCUAAUAGUGAGCCUGGCGCGGAAGUAGUGGUUCUUGAGAGCCUUCAACCACAUAGAAAUCUUCAGGAGCUGAGAAUUACAGGACACCGUGGCCCUUCUUGUCCAACAUGGCUGGGUGAUAACCUGGUUGUUCAGGCUCUACAAUCUCUCACUCUCUUCUCUGUUUCUUGGGAUAUUUUACCUUCAUUUGGGAAGAUGUGGAGUCUUCAUGAGCUAGUAUUGUCGAAUAUUUCCACAAUAAAGGAGUUUUGUCUAGAGCAAAAAAAUUGCAAGCUAGUAAAGAUAACACUCACUGGCUUAAAGAAUUUUGAAAAAUGGGUACCACGGGCUGGUCAUUUGUUCCCUUGUUUGCAAGUACUGAUUAUUAAAGAUUGCUGUAAACUUUCGGAGUUGCCAUGGUCAAGCCACAUUGUUUACCCAUUGAAACAAGAUUGUAACAUAGAUUGGUUUCCCAAACUACAAGUUCUUAGGAUAGAAAAUUGCCCUGAAGUCUUGUUACUGCCUCCUAUCCCUUGGACCCAAUCUUUGUGCUCUGUCAAGAUAAGUCAUGUGGGAUCAAAACUACUGGACGAGUUGGUCUACUCAAAAUCAUCUUCUGGAGUAGCAUUGAAAAUUAAUGGAAGUGGUGGUCUGCAUAACUUAGAUCAGUUGCUACUAUUCAGUAAAUUAACAGAACUUCAGGAAUUGAAAAUCGAUAAUUGCCCACCUCUAGAGCUGAAGUAUUUUCUAAUGCUAACCUCAUUGAAGACAUUUACGGCAUGGUCUUCAAAUCUUGGGGUGGUGGCAUCAGAAGUUCAGAGUGGUGUCGAAUGGCAGCAUCCUAUUGAGUACAUUAGUAUUGGAUGGUCUGGUCCUAGUGGAAAGGAAUUGACACAGUUCCUGUCUCAUCUCCCAAAGCUGUCCAAACUGGAAGUAUAUUGUUGUGAAAACAUAACACAGUUUGCUGUGGGGGUGGAUUUGCAGCAAGCAACAUCACCAGUAUCAACGUCAACCUCUUUAGAUGUUACAAUGGAUGAAACACAAGCAAAAGAUGAGCAGCAAGAAAUAGCAGAGAUGGAGAAGGAGGAGGCAAACACAGUGGAUGAUGAUGGGAUGUUGCUCCUCCCUGCACAUCUCUCCAAGUCACUGCAGGCGUUGGACAUCGACAGUCGUGGUCUGGUAGUUCAUUCCCUCGAUGCCCUCCAAGGCCUAACUACCCUUUGGUUAGAAGAUUGCUCUUUUCGCCACCCUUUCCCGUCCUCCCUGCUAGACCUGCAACUUAAGUCCAUGAAGGGCGUGCAUACCCUUUCAAACCUCACCUCUCUCACUCGAUUAGAAAUAUCUCGUUGCGGAGAGGAUUUAAGAUGCGAGGGCCUGUUGCCUCUCCUUACUCGGGGCCAUCUCAGCCAAUUGGAAGUAUCUAAAAGCCCCAAUUUCUAUGGUGGGUGGGAAUCCAAUCCCAUGCAGGGGAUGGCAGAAUCCAGACUGCAGAAUCUCGAGACAGAUGGCAUGGAGGGCUUCCUCAAUGCGCCUGCCCUCUGUAGCCUCCUCUCUUCCUCCCUCACCAACUUGUCCUUUAAUGGGAACAAUGAGAUGACGUGCUUCACAAAGGAGCAGGAGGAGGCCUUUCAACGCCUCACCUCGCUCCAGGAACUCCAGUUUUGGUUUUGGGACAAGUUGGAACACCUCCCUGCAGGGCUAAACAAGCUGACCAACCUCAAGAGAUUACGAAUCUAUGAUUGUCCAGCCCUCCAGUCGCUGCCCAAGGGUGGCCUCCCGAGUUCAUUGCGAGAAUUAGAUGUCAAGGGGGGCGGCAACGAGGAGCUAACAAAGCAGUGCAGGCGGUUAAUUGGAACCAUCCCAAAAAUCACACUAUAGACUAAUCCAAGCUAGUCCAUGCAUCACUUUCACCUUGUGGAAUUAUCCCCAUCUGUAGACAGUUGGCACAUGAGGUCCUGUGUGGUAUUUUCUUCAUGUCAUCACAUCUGGUUUCUUGUGUUAGCCAAAGAAACAAGAGAAGGGAGAAGAGAAAGUCCCAUUUCUUCAUCAAGUUGACGGGCAGAGUCACACAAGGUUGCGCAUGAAAAUUGCAGUCUCUUCAGUAUUAGUUCAUAGGAGCAGUGGCUCUGCAGGGAUCUUGCAAAGAGUGUGGCAGUUUCAGAACAGUGCACUUUUGAAAAAGUGCCAUUUGAGUGGUGAAAACAGUGCUACAAUGGAACAUUGAUAAGUUGCACGGCAGCGAUGCUCUCAGUGCUUGUUUUGGCAUUGGUUUGCGAGAACAGCAGUUAAUUAGGAACCAUCCUGAAAAUCAUACUAGGGUAUAAAGGUUCUUUGCCUUGGGAGCUGUACAUUUUUUAGCCUUGUUGAAUCCUCCCCAUCCAUGCAAAGUCUGCACAUAAUGAUCUUGUGUCAUAUCUUACUGAACAUAGUACAUAAAUCUGGUGUUCUUAUGCUUGUUCUAGUUGGUUUCAAGAUACUUUGCAGUUACAUUUUGGUCAUCAUUCACAAGAACUUGCUGGUGUACUUGUUCAGCUGUGAGGAUCAUAAUGGGGGAAUAACUGAUAUUUUGCUGAUUUGCUAUUGAAAUUAAGGAACUUUUUACAAGAACACCUUUCUUACCAUCUCAGUGCUUGCGUGGAGCAAAUUGAGAUCUCGGGCUUUCACUAAUUGACAUGGCAUGUGGACAACUUUGGAAUUCAACAAUGCAGUGGUAGCAGGUUUGUGGAAAGGUCAGUAAACCCCUGCUGAAAUUCAUGAUGGGUUUAGCUAUGUUAGAUUGUAUUCAAUGUGCGAUUGUCGAACGCUUAUUGCCUCAUGAGACCUUGGUUAGAGAACUUCCUGCUUCCUUGAUAAGCUGGCAGUCUAGCUUUUGAGCACUCUCAUAAUCUCUGAAUGGUUGUCAUGGUGAAUUAAAUAACACAAGAGAGUUUUCAGCUGAUACAUAUAGUCGUAAAGGUAGAGAACACUUGCUACUAGGUGAUUGAUGAACAUUGAUUGAGCAAAAGGACUCAAACUUGCUAAUGUUUAUUCCUAGAACCUCCUGAGUUUAGUACGGUGAAAGUGAUUUUAUUCUCUUCUUGAUCCAGAGUAUUUUUUUCUGUCCCACCAAUGCCAAAAACAGCAUAUUUCAUUAGCCUUUGAUUAUUGCAAUCUGAAUUUUUAGUGCGUAUAGUUAAGUUUGAUGUUCCUCUAGUCUGAAGUCUUUGAAAUCCAGUCAUUCUUUUUGCGUAACUUAUGUUUGCUAGCCUCUUCAACACUCGGCAUUGCAUUCCUUCAUCAGGAUAUCACAAACUCUGCCGGUGUACAUAUACAUAUCCCAGAAAAUAAAUCAUUUCUUCCAUGUGUUCACAUCUCUACCUACCUACCUACCUACCUACCUACCUACCUAUAUAGCACAUCUCUCGCUAUCCCACGGUAGUUGAUUAUUCCAUAAGCACACUCAUCAAUUUAAAGAAGACUCAAAAGCUCUUUGUUGUCAUUGACCCUGCAAAUGUCGUCAAUAUUGAUGCCUCUCACAAAAAUCAAAAAAGAAAUAAAGAAAAAGAGAGAGGGAAGCCAUUCAAAAGAUCAAAGGUUCAUCCUCAAGCAGGAAGAAAUAGUCAGCAGUGCUUCCAUAUUCAUGUGCGGAAUGCAAAAUGGCUAAUCAUACUACUACCUAUGCAAUAUUGAUAGCUUGAGUAUCAGUCACAUCAAUGGAUCACCUUGCAUUGCAUAGGCCCUCAAUCAUUUCUUUGGUGUGAGUCCAAUUUCUCCCACACCCCCUGGACACUACAAUUUUUUCCAAUGACUGGAAUGCGAAAGACUUCUUUGCACUGGAGUUGAACUCUUAUUUAGCUUUACCAUCUAGAUUUCAGAUUUGUUCAUUCUUUUAAUCACCCUACCAAGAUCCAGAUAAGCUUCCACAAAUAUAAAGUAGAUAGGAAAAACACUUCGGCCAUUGGCCAAUGAGGACUACAAUUAUGUGAUGAGAGUAAUUCUGGAUCAUGACGGGGUAAUUUCACUAGAUACCUACUAUUCUUGGAAAGUUCGCAAAGAAUAAAACUGUUGGCUGCUCUUGUUUUGUUUUGUUCUUGACAUUGAAGUCAAACAACCAAGUGACGAGUGUUCAAAAACUUUUAUAGCUAUAUUGUUGAUGCUGGUUACUCUCAAAAAAAUGAAAUCUAUUCCCUACUGGCAAUGAAUAGGAGUAGUUAUUUAAGUGUGUGCUCAAUCACUAGCCUGCUACUUUGAUAAGUUUGUGGGAAGUGUCUCUAUCCGAAGCUCAUGAGGAUUACAGUAAUUGUUUGCACAUGAGCACUUGUUUGCAAUCUAGCUAUGCUAAGCAUUCAGGUAUUUCACAAGCACGUGGGCAAGUUGAAUCGGGAGCCUAAAUCAUCGGCCGCGAUUUGAGACUCUUUUUCUCGAGGGAAGAAUCAGAAAGGGACAAGUCUGAGAUGAAUCAUACCUUUUGUUUCUAUUUGAAGCCACUUGCUUCCUGGCAGUGUUAUAAGAAGAGUGGAUGGGGUUUCCCCACUUAUUAUUUCCCUUCUAGCUUCAAUCUGUAGUACGCUGUUUCUGAAUGUACGAAAACAGGCCAAUUUUUUGCAUUCGAUCUUCUCAGUUGUGGACAUGUAUAUUCAGUGAAAAGAAAUGCAGUUCUUUGCAAUAGUAUCUUCA